AUGGCCGCAAAGUCGAGGCACAAAGGAAUUAAAGCAUCUUCGAACCCGAUGAAAGGGCGGCCAGCUCAAUCUCAGCCCGUUGAUGCCGAAGAGUUGACAAGGAGGUUAUUUACUGUACUUGCCGAGCAAAAGGCAUCCUCAGAGAGGAAGCGACGUGCCAGGGCGGAAGCAGACCGACUGGCCAAACGUGCAGCCGCCGCAAAGCAGAAGAAGACCAAGGAACCUACACCACCAGCUAGUAAGCAUGGUGACAAACCUGGUUCCUCACCAAGGCAGAAGUCCGACACAAAGCCAGCACGACCAGUUGAAUCGCCGCCCAAGGACAGUUUGAAACGCUCCGGUUCCAAAAAGUCUCUCAGCUCCGGUGCUAAGAACAGCGAGGAGGAGCGCAGCCAUGCCCCUAGUUACCACCAUGUUCCUCAGGUUGCCGCCACUCAGUUUGCCUUGACCACAACAGCGGAACCACCAGCUGAGAAAGGCCCUGUACACAAGCUCUCCAGGAUAGCCAUGAAGUUUCAUCUCGACGGACCGAAUGCCAGUCGAGAAAUCAGAACGACGGAUCCUAAAGCUCCCCCGUACCAACAGGCGAAGGCAUUGAGGAGGGCACAAAGCAUGCGCGAACAACAAUAUGAGCGAAAUCAUAUUCAUAAACCGCUACCCACAACAUUAGAGGGAGAUGGAGGGUCUGACGACUUGGCUGGUCACCAAGCGUUCCAAAGUCAGUUGAGAUUGGGACUGGACAGGGACGAAGUUAAAGAUGCUAGGAGAAGAAGUACCGGCAGCAUUCUGAGGCGUUGUGAGACUCCUCCGGUGGAAGUUUUCGACUUGGGCAACGCAUUAUUUUCGUCGCCAAGGCCGGCCAUGAUUGGUGCUCCAGCUGAGCAUAGAGUCGACUGGACCCAGAGUGAUGAGGCAGUGGCUGUCAAAGCAGUCAAUAUUCCACAGCAUUCACACCAGGAGCUGCGAAAAACAGAGUCCAAAUGGACUCUACGUGGCCGUCUAGGCAGUUUCGGGCGACAUUCCAAGGACGAAAAACUCCCCUCCCCCACAGAGGAGAAGCUGCCUCAAGACUUAUCACCCAAGUCCCCAAUAAGUGGCUUCUUUUCACGAUUUAAACGUUAG